AGACGGAGACGGCCACCAAGACACCAAAGACAACUGUGCGGAGAUUCCUAACAGCUCGCAGCUGGAUUCAGAUAACGACGGGCAGGGCGAUGACUGCGAUAAUGACGACGACAAUGACGGGAUCCCUGACUACCUGCCUCCUGGGCCCGACAACUGCCGCCUGAUUGCUAAUCCCAACCAGAAAGACGUCGACGGCAACGGGGUGGGAGAUGCCUGCGAGGAGGAUUUUGACAACGACACAGUGGCCGAUCCGAUGGACGUGUGUCCGGAGAGUUCUGAAGUGACGCUGACCGACUUCCGGGCCUACCAGACGGUCAUCUUGGACCCUGAGGGAGAUGCUCAAAUUGACCCCAACUGGGUUGUCCUUAACCAGGAGGAUACACGGCCUUCAACGGGGUGGAUUUUGAAGGCACUUUCCACGUCAACACCGUGACCGAUGACGAUUACGCCGGCUUUAUCUUCGCUUACCAAGACAGCGCCAGUUUUUACGUGGUCAUGUGGAAACAAACCGAACAGACCUACUGGCAGGCCACCCCUUUCCGGGCCGUGGCUGAGCCCAGCCUGCAACUCAAGGCGGUGAAGUCGGAAACGGGGCCCGGUGAAUAUCUGCGCAAUGCCUUGUGGCACACGGGCCACACUCCGGGCCACGUCAAGCUGCUGUGGAAGGAUCCUCGCAACGUAGGAUGGAAGGAUAAAACGUCUUACCGCUGGCGUCUCUUGCACCGACCUCAAGUGGGGUACAUCCGGUGAGAAGAAUUCUGCUUUUCAUUUGCAAUUCCUCGCUCUACGGCAGCCCAAAUGCACAGCUGGUUUUUUUCCCCCUCUCCAAAACAACAGAACAAAACCAAGCAAGGCUAACGGAGUUCUCCAACCCCACUUAUUAGCUAAAUGUUUCUUUUGCAUCCAGAAAAAAACCCAAUUCAUGGUCAAACGUCCUUUUUCCAUCCAGAAAAAACUCAAUCCAUGGUUAAAUUUUGCUUCUGCAUCCAGAAAAACCACCAAAUUCAUGGUUAAACGUCCCUUUUCCAUCCAGAAAACUCCAAUUCAUAGCUAAAUGUUCCUUCUGCAUCCAGGAAACCUCAAUUUAUAGUCCAAUGUUUCUUUUUGCAUCCAGAAAACCUCAAUUCGUAGCCAAACGUUUCUUCUGCAUCUGUAAAACUCCAAUUAAUGGCAAAAGGUUUCUUUUGCAACCAGAAAAAUCCCGAUUCAUGGUCAAACAUUUCUUCUGCAUCCAGAAAACCCCAAUUGAUGGUUAAGUGUUCCUUUUGCAUCUAGAAAACUCCAAUUCAUGGUCAAACGUUCCUCCAGAAGACCCCAAUCUGUGACAGUCUUUCCAUAUAGAUUCAAUAAACCCCGGCUUGUUCAGACGUAAGCAAACCAACAUUUAC